GGCGGUGCUCAGGCCCAGCGCGCCUCGCGAUGCCGCCCUGCCUCGGGUCCUGGGCCUCGACUAAGCGGAGCCUGCGUGGGCCUGAAGGGCGCGUCCGCGCGUGAGCCCUGAUGGAGAAGGAAGCACAAAGAAUUCAACUCUACACCUAGACAGAAACGCUGUACUGGCAGAAACGCUCUAAAUAUUUUGGAACUCUGGAGUCUUAUUUUAAUUCUUGCAUCUUCCAGGAGACAGCUUGGCUGGCAUUUAGAAAACAUUUAAUCACUCAUGAUUUGAGCCUCAUUCUUGAGUAAUGGACGACAAGGCUUCUGUUGGGAAAAUCAGCGUCUCCUCAGACUCAGUAUCUACUCUUAAUAGUGAAGAUUUUGUCUUGGUUUCCAGGCAAGGAGAUGAGACACCAUCUACAAAUAAUGGAAGUGAUGACGAGAAAACAGGACUCAAGAUUAUAGGCAAUGGAAGUGAGCAGCAGCUGCAAAAAGAGCUAGCAGAUGUGCUGAUGGACCCUCCAGUGGAUGACCAGCCAGGGGACAAGGAACUUGUGGAAAGGGCACAACUGGAUGGCGAAGGAGAUGGGCCUCUUUCCAGUCAGCUCUCCGCUUCAUCCACCAUUAACCCUGUGCCAUUAGUAGGGCUCCAAAAACCAGAGAUGAGCCUGCCAGUGAAACCUGGACAAGGAGAUUCUGAAGUGUCAAGUCCUUUCACACCGGUGGCUGACGAGGACAGUGUGGUUUUCAGUAAACUAACGUAUUUAGGCUGUGCUUCUGUAAAUGCGCCGAGGAGUGAGGUGGAAGCUUUAAGGAUGAUGUCCAUCCUAAGAAGCCAGUGUCAGAUUUCCCUGGAUGUAACCCUCUCAGUGCCCAAUGUUUCUGAAGGAACUGUGAGGCUCUUAGAUCCUCAAACAAACACUGAAAUAGCAAACUACCCUAUCUACAAGAUCCUCUUCUGUGUCCGAGGGCACGACGGAACUCCUGAAAGUGACUGUUUUGCUUUUACUGAAAGUCACUACAAUGCAGAGCUUUUCAGAAUACAUGUCUUCCGGUGUGAAAUACAGGAAGCUGUAAGCCGGAUACUUUACAGUUUUGCCACUGCCUUCCGCCGUUCUGCCAAGCAGACCCCUCUUUCAGCUGCCGCCGCACCACAGACUCCUGACAGUGACAUAUUCACCUUCUCUGUGUCUUUAGAAAUAAAAGAAGAUGAUGGUAAAGGUUACUUUAGUGCUGUUCCCAAAGAUAAGGACAGGCAAUGCUUUAAACUGCGCCAAGGAAUUGAUAAGAAGAUUGUCAUCUAUGUGCAACAAACAACUAACAAAGAACUUGCCAUUGAAAGGUGUUUUGGUCUUCUCCUUAGCCCAGGAAAAGAUGUACGGAAUAGUGAUAUGCACUUGUUAGAUUUGGAGUCUAUGGGCAAAAGCUCAGAUGGAAAGUCCUAUGUUAUUACUGGGAGCUGGAAUCCAAAAUCCCCACAUUUUCAAGCUGUAAACGAAGAAACUCCUAAAGAUAAAGUGCUAUUUAUGACUACAGCUGUUGAUUUGGUAAUAACAGAAGUACAGGAGCCUGUUCGAUUUCUCUUAGAGACAAAAGUUCGAGUUUGCUCACCCAAUGAAAGAUUAUUCUGGCCCUUCAGCAAACGUAGUACUACUGAAAACUUCUUUCUGAAACUAAAGCAGAUAAAGCAGAAGGAGAGGAAGAAUAAUGCAGACACUUUAUAUGAAGUUGUGUGCCUGGAAAGUGAAUCGGAGCGAGAGAGGAGGAAAACCACAGCCAGUCCUGCAGUUCGCCUGCCACAGUCUGGAUCUCAGAGUUCAGUGAUCCCUUCUCCUCCAGAAGAUGAUGAAGAGGAAGAUAACGAUGAACCUCUCUUGAGUGGAUUUGGUGAUGUAUCCAAAGAAUGUGCUGAAAAAAUUCUUGAAACAUGGGGAGAACUGCUGUCCAAAUGGCAUCUGAACUUGAGUGUAAGACCAAAGCAGUUAUCGUCCUUGGUAAGAAGUGGCGUCCCUGAAGCUCUUCGAGGAGAGGUCUGGCAGCUGCUAGCAGGCUGCCACAACAAUGACCACCUUGUUGAAAAAUACCGGAUUCUCAUCACAAAGGAGUCCCCGCAGGACAGUGCCAUCACUCGGGACAUUAAUCGGACAUUCCCAGCCCAUGACUACUUUAAGGACACAGGAGGAGAUGGGCAGGAUUCCUUAUAUAAAAUAUGCAAGGCUUACUCUGUGUAUGAUGAAGAGAUUGGCUAUUGCCAGGGCCAGUCAUUUCUUGCUGCUGUGCUGCUCCUCCAUAUGCCUGAAGAACAGGCAUUCAGUGUUCUGGUCAAGAUCAUGUUUGACUAUGGUCUCAGGGAACUCUUCAAGCAAAAUUUUGAAGAUUUGCAUUGCAAAUUUUACCAGUUGGAGCGCCUCAUGCAGGAAUACAUUCCUGACCUGUACAACCACUUCCUGGAUAUAAGCCUUGAAGCGCACAUGUAUGCCUCCCAGUGGUUUCUUACCCUUUUCACUGCAAAAUUUCCUCUCUACAUGGUCUUCCACAUCAUUGACCUGCUUUUAUGUGAGGGAAUCAGUGUUAUUUUUAAUGUUGCCCUUGGAUUAUUAAAGACUUCCAAGGAUGAUCUGCUGUUGACAGACUUUGAAGGUGCCUUGAAGUUCUUCAGGGUCCAGCUUCCUAAGAGAUAUCGCUCAGAAGAAAAUGCAAAAAAACUAAUGGAAUUGGCUUGCAACAUGAAGAUUAGUCAGAAGAAACUGAAAAAAUUCGAGAAAGAAUAUCACACCAUGCGGGAGCAGCAGGCCCAGCAAGAGGACCCCAUCGAGCGAUUCGAGAGGGAGAAUAGGCGUCUGCAGGAAGCUAACAUGCGGCUGGAACAGGAAAAUGAUGACCUAGCCCACGAGCUGGUGACCAGCAAGAUCGCCCUGCGGAAGGACCUGGAUAACGCCGAGGAAAAGGCAGACGCGCUGAACAAGGAGCUGCUGAUGACCAAGCAGAAGCUGAUUGAUGCGGAGGAGGAGAAGAGGCGGCUGGAAGAGGAGUCUGCUCAGCUGAAAGAGAUGUGCCGCCGGGAGCUGGACAAGGCCGAAUCGGAGAUCAGAAAGAACAGCUCCAUCAUCGGCGACUACAAGCAGAUUUGUUCCCAGUUGAGUGAGAGACUGGAGAAGCAGCAGACGGCUAAUAAAGUGGAAAUUGAGAGACUCCGGCAAAAAGUGGACGACUGUGAGCGCUGCCGGGAGCUCUUCAGCAAGGAGGGCCGUGUGAGGGGCCUGAGCUCAGCCCAGGAGGUCACAGACGAGGACAUGGACGAGGAGAAGGAGCUGCUCAAGAACCAGCUGCGGGAGAUGGAGCUGGAACUGGCCCAGACCAAGCUGCAGCUGGUGGAGGCAGAGUGUAAGAUCCAGGACCUGGAGCACCACUUGGGCCUUGCCCUCAGCGAGGUUCAGGCAGCCAAGAAGACGUGGUUCAACCGGACACUGAGCUCGAUAAAGACAGCCACGGGGGUCCAGGGGAAAGAGACCUGCUGAGCUGCCACCAGACACCUUCAGAAAACACCUUUGGUUGCCUUCUUUGGCCAGAUGUGUGAUUCUGUGACAUGUCCCAGGACCGGAACGCACUUAAGUCAGACCCACAGACGCGCUUUGGUAGGUCACUGGCCCAGCGCUCCCGGAGCAGGCAGCCUGUGGGCACGGCUCUCCUCACUACUGACGCUGACGCACCUGCUCGCCCAGCCGGUGCCCUGCGAACACACGGCUCCCAGGCCUCUUCCCUCACCAGCCUAAAGGCUGAGGGGACGCUACCAGAGUGUGGGGUCCUUCUGUGUGUUGGGUUUUUCUUUCCCCUAAACCUUUCAUUUUUUUAAAAAAUAAAAUAUACAUACUAUAUAUAUAUACAUAUAUAUAUAUAUAUAUCGGGGGUGGGGGAGAUGGGGAUCAGAAAUCCCCAUCAUUCCUCCCUGCUUCGGUGCCAGCGCGGCCCCCAGGUGGACUUGGAGAAGCACUGUGUUUGCGACAGGAGGGUCUCACCGCCAUGGAAGCUCAGCUUCUGUUCAGCUUUGAUGCACAGGUUUGGGUUUGGCAUUAUUCACGUCUGAUCAAUUCUAUGCAACUCAUAGUUUCUGUUAAUUUUUUUAGGAUUAGUUGCCAAAAUGAUUUACAAGCCUGGGCGCUGGGUGGUGACUCGACCGACUGCGAGGCAGGAUUAAUCACAACAUGGACAGAGCUUACCUUGUGUCAUGUGUCAUGUGUCCAUACAUGUAUCAGAUCUUUCCCAGUGCCCCAUGCAGUGUUCAGAUCCCAGAUGGAGACCGCUCAUCUGUACAACGGAAUUAUGUGACGUGCGCACUUGAUUUCACUCGAGGGUUGUUGGCCCCGUGCACUCCUUCACGCCGUCAGUGAAGAACUCCCUCACUCCAGGCUUCCUAGUGUGGCUGUGUGUGUGUGUGAGUGUGAGCGUGUGUGUGUGUGUGUGAGGGAGGCCCGGCUGUGUGUGGACCUCCGCGUUCGGACGUGCUGCAGUCUCACUUCUGAGAAGGCUGGGGUGGACGUUCGGCGCCUUUAGAAGAGUUGAGAGGCGUCAUUUCCACAGUGGCAGGUGACGGCUGUGCUCUGUGACUGGCGACAAGAGGCACCGGCUUGUACAUAGACACGUGGGUGGUUUUCCAUCUCUUUCCUGCUGACCACACUAACGCUUACCAAGGUCAUGUGUGUUGAGGGAGGCAGCAAGUGCACCCCCCCCAGGCCUCCCCUGUGCCGCUUGCUGUGUCUGUCUUGUUCAGUUACUGGGUGCGUGGACGUUGUGCUAGGGUAGUUUCAGUGUGUCAACCUUAACAACUGAAAUAUAAACAAGUAAAACUGUAUUACUAUUUCUUUUGUUGGUUUUAUUUUAACAGCACAUUCAUUAAAUAUUUUGGUACAAACA